UGAGGGUGGAAGGGGGUGGGGGGGGGGGGGGGUGUCAGUGCCGUGUCCCCUAAGAGCCACGGGGGACGUGGGGACGCCAGCACCCUGACCCUGCCCCGGAUGCCGGCACCCUGCGAGCUGGCACCGAAGGCGGCGAUUUCCCAACCGGCACGUGAGGCCAAGCCACCAACCCCCCCCCGGGGGGUGACAGCCACCGAGGAGCCAGGACGGUCCCCAAGGAGCCUCGCCGGCCGGUUGGGAAGCACCAUGAGGGGCCGGAUCCUGCCACCGCUGCUGCUGCUGCUGCUGCUGCCGCCUCCCGGCCCCGCCGCCCCGUGCUCCCCUCAACCCAACGCCACCCGUUUCGUCUGCACGGAGCCCACCCUGAGCACCUUCCCCACCGGGCUGCCCCCCACCACCUUGGCCAUCUCGGUGGAGUUCACGGCGUUGGCCACCCUCCUCCCCACCGCCCUGGCUGGGCUGCCCCGGCUGCAAGAGCUCCACCUCUCCUCCAACCGCCUCACCACCCUCCCCGAAACCCUCCUGCGCCCCGUGCCCACCCUCCGCGUCCUCGACCUGACGGAAAACCUCCUGGCCGAUCUCCCCGCCGGCAUCUUCACCAGCACCGGCCACCUCCAGCACUUGGUGCUGCGGGGGAACCGGCUGCGGGUGCUGCGACCCGCCUGGUUCCGGCACCUUCCCCGGCUGCAGUGGCUCGACCUGGCUGCCAACGCGGUGGCAGAGGUGCCGCCGGAGGUUUUCGCCCCGCUGCGUUCCCUCCGUAGCCUGGAUCUCUCCGGGAACCGCCUGGCAUCGCUGGCACCGGGCGCGCUGGCCGGGCUGCGGGCGCUGGAGCGGCUCGACCUGGAGGGGAACGGGCUGGGCACGCUGCCGCCCGCCGCCUUCGCGCCCGCGCCCGCCCUGCGCUUCCUCUUCCUCCAGGAUAACGCGCUGCAGGUGCUCCCCGCCGGCAUCUUCCUCCCCCUGCGUCACCUCCGUGUCCUCGACCUGGCGCGUAACCGGCUGCGGGCGCUGGAGCUGCCCCCCCGGCCCCCCGGCCCCGCGUUGGACCUCGACAUUUCGGGUAACCCCUGGGCCUGCGAGUGCCCGCUGCUGGCCACGCUGCGGCGGGUGGCCCCGCGGCUCGGUGCCACCCGUGACACCCUGUGUGCCAGCCCCGCGCACCGACGGGGACAGGAGGUGGCCGCCCUGAGCCGGGCUGGGGACACGGGCUGCGAGCCCAAGGGGGACGGGCAGCGUCCACCGGACCCCUAGGCAGGGGGCUUGGUGUCACCUCAGGAGCCUGGACAUGUCACCUCCCUCCCUGCCACUCUGUCGCCAGCUGAGAUGAGCUCUCCUGGGGAAACUGAGGCAGGGAGAGCGGGGUUGUGGCUGGCUCCAGCCCAAAGGCCCCUGUCCCCAUCCUGUGACGCCCAUCCCAGUGGCUCCCAGCCCCUUCCCACCUGGCUCAGACUGUCCCACAUCCCUGUCCCCAUCCAGCCUGGCACUGUCCCUGUCCCCACCCCACCAGAGCGCAUUAAACACGGUCAUUUGAUGCCACCUCA